AUCAUAUCAGAACUACAACGUGUAGAGGACCGGAAGUGGAAGUUGCAGAGGUCAAAGUUAAUUUUUUUGUCAACACAUGUUCAUUCUCCGCUGUAAGCGCCAUGUGUUUUUAGAUAUACCGGGCGAUCUGAACGUUUAGAUCAAAAUGCCAGCUGAUAUUUCAAACUCGUCGAGUGAAGAUGAAGAAGAUACCCAAACUACUGCGUCGACCGAUUUGCCGAAGCGAAUAGUUACGAAGCAAAACGCAUACAAGUGUCCAGAAGACUUUGUGUCCUUCACCCACAAGCCCUGUAGCGGCACUUUGAGCAAUAGUCUGAAAAAUAAAAACACUGAAUUAUGGCUCAUAAAAGCCCCUGCCAGCUUCAACCCAGAACGAUUCAGCGGCGUGGCAGUGCCCCUCUCCGGCCUCCAGACCGUCCGCGUGCCGGCGGCGGCGCCCGGGGCAGAAGCAGCUAGCGGCGGAGGCCUCCGCCAGGGCCUGUACAGCGUGCUGGCCGCCAAACGCAGCCCCACGGACCUCCACCUGCUGACGGCCGCCGGCCCGGCCUCGGCCCGGGUGCUGUGCGGCCCCGCCUUCUCCGGCGUGCUCAACGUGUGCGAGAUCUACGGCGACAGCGGCGACGCCCUCCUCCGGCCCCAGGCCAUCCCGGCUGCCCCGGCGCCCGUCAUCCCCCCGGGGCUGAAGCAGCGCUUCCUCCCCUUCGGCUCCAAGACGCCCACGCUGACCUGCGUGCCGGAGAGCGAGCUGGACGCCGGCGCCACAGGCCCGUCCUCGGCCACCCUGCUGCCCCGCGUGGUCAAACACUUCCCCACGGAGGAGGAGAUGACGGAGGAGGAGAGGAGGAAGGAGAGGAAGGAGAGGAAGAGGAGGAAGAGGGAGAUGAGGAUCAAGUUGGAGAGUGAGGACCCGGCGGAGGAGGCGGUGGAGGUGAAGCUGGAGGCAGAGGAGGAGGAGGAGCGGAUGGAGAGCAUCGAGGCGGGACUCCUCGAGGAGAGGAGGAGGAAGAAGAAGCGGAAGAAGGACAAGGAGAGGGCGAGGGAGCGGGAUGCGGCAGGGGCCUUGGAGGAGGCGCUGGGGGAGGUGGAGGCCGACUGCGAGGUGAAGGAGGAGGAGGAGGUGGUGGUGGUGAAAUGUGAACCCAUAGACUUCUCUUAUGAAGAUCACGAGGGCUCGGCCAAGAGGAAGAAAAAGAAAAGGAAAAGCCGAGCGGAGGAAGACUAGCCCUCAUUCUGUCAGGGUUUGUUUUGGGGCGACAAGUUUGAUGGUUUGGCUCAAUUUAAUUUGUGGUUUUGCUUCGACCCAAUGAACCACGCCAACAUGGCUAAUUAACACCACAUGCUAGUAAAGCUGGGAAUCGGGUAAUACGUCGGCUUCACCCCUCGCCCGGUCAGUCUUUUGGGUUGUGUUCCUCUGGCUCGGUUGCCAUGUUUGUGUUACACAACAGUGCGCUAGUGCCGUACGCUUUGUUAGUAUUCGGUAAACAGAGUUGUCAUGUUCGUGGUUGCCAAGUAUGAUUCAUUCCAGUUGUUAUAAAACACAUUUGGUGUGUAUUUUAGGACUAGGAUGUUCUGUGUCUCCGGUUUGCUGUAGAGAUACAUGUGGUUGGUAAAUCUUUUGGGGUCUGAAAAUAAAAUCCCAGAUAAUCAA